CGCUCAGCUGCAGCAUAACAGACAGAAACCAUGGAGCGCAACAAGACGCGUUGGAGAGACUUACCAAGCGGACGCGGAAAGUGCCAGUUUCUGAUCAGUUUGUAAGUCACUUUCAGCGACAGUGGGUAGGUUUUCCUUCACCAGCAGUUGGACAUUGAGUUUUUCCCUCGCGUGCGUAAAUUGUCUGGAGAGGUGUAGAAAAGAAAAUAGUCUUGGAGUGACCGGUAUAGCUGCCAACGGCAAGGAGGAGUAGAAAGCGCCCGCAGGAGAGACGACUGCCCUUUGGAUAGAAAUGCUGUUCUUUCCCCCGCAUAUUUGAACAUUUCACUUUUUUUCUGUUUGGAAAUGCCGCUGGUGUGCGCUGCGUAAAACCCCGAACUGCUUUCAUGUCUCAUGCCAUUACAAGGAACAGUUACUUUUAUUCAAGGAAACUGUGAGCUGAGCUGAGAUUUCAUAAAGAAGGAGGCACUGGGCUAAAGCUGAGAACCAGUCACUGAACAGUCACGAACCAUGGUGAAGUUUCAUAACUCGGACCUAUGGAUAGCCUGGAUGGUCAUCUUCUGCAUGGAGGGUUCAAGGUUUGAUCUACACACAGGGAAAGUGUCUGUGCGGGCGCUGGAUGUGACAGUGUCCCAGAGCAGUAUCCAGGUGGCCCGUGGCCAAGCAGCCAUCCUGCCCUGCUCCUUCACCACCAGCGCUGCCCUCAACAACCUCAACAUCAUCUGGAUGGUGAUACCACUGUCCAAUGCCAACCAGCCAGAACAGGUGAUAAUAUACCAGGGCGGCCAGGUGUUCAGCCUCGCCAACCACCUCAAUGGUCGUGUGGGCUUCGUGGCCACCAUGCCAAGUACAAGUGCCUCCAUCUUCAUCAACAACACCCAGCUGGCCGACACGGGGACCUACCAGUGCCUGGUCAACAACCUCCCAGACAGAGGGGGGCGCAACAUUGGUGUCAUUGGUCUCACUGUGUUGGUGCCCCCCUCGGUGCCAGCAUGUCGAAUCCAGGGCACGCUGGAUGUAGGCAGUGACAUCAUGCUGAUCUGCAGCUCAGAGGAAGGUAUUCCCACGCCGUCCUACUCCUGGGAGAAGCUGGACGUGCUGCCCAAGCUGCCGCACAACGCCAUGCAAGACCAGAUGCAGGGCACGGUAACACUGAGAAACAUAAGCACCAGCACCUCAGGACUUUACCAGUGUACCUCCAGCAAUGCAAUUGGCAAGAGCACCUGUCUGCUCAACCUGCAGGUCGUAGCACCCCAGCCUCAGAGUGUGGGUCUGAUAGCAGGGACCAUCGCUACGGGAGUCCUAGCUGUCAUCAUCUGUUCCCUGUUAGUGGUGGUCACACUCUUCUACUGGAAGAACAAAAACAAAUACGACGAGGAGGAGAUCCCCAAUGAGAUCAGAGAAGAUGACCUUCCUCCCAAGAGGUCGUCAUCAGUGAAGGCUUUCCAUGCAGACGCCUCAUCCUCAGAGAAUGACACGCUGACGUCUACCAACACCUACAACAGCCGCUACUGGCACAACCCCAAACCCAAUUAUGACACCAACUCCUAUACACGCUACAACGGAGACACUCGGCAGACCUUCUCCACUGCUGCUCAUGGUGCACAUGGACACGGACAGGCCCAGAACGCAGGACACAGCCAUAGUACAGUGGUCACAGCACCAGGCUCAGCCCCACUGUCCCGCCACGCGCAGCCUACAACGGCAACGACAACAUCAUUUGCAAAUGGCAGCCACACGCUCCCGCCACCCAAGACUCUGGUGGUCACCACAAACUCUGCCCCUUCCCCUCCCACCAUGGUGCGCAGCAACGGCUCUGUGAGCCUCAAACCGGUGGUGACGUCCACACAUGGGCAGCACACGCACUCCUACGCCGUGAGCCAGGCCACGCUGGAGCGGAUGGGGGCAGUGCCUGUCAUGGUGCCUGCCCAGAGCAGAGCAGGCUCGCUGGUCUGAAAUCUGAUUUGGUAAAAACAAGACUUAAUGAUUGGUUGUGAUGUUUGAAAGCCACUGAUGAUAUGGGCUGAAGCAGCCCGCUGCCCUUUACAACUGUGUCUUUCUGUAUGUCUCGACUUCUUUAUCUCAAAACAAACAAAGGAUUUUACAGCGCGGAGUUCAUUUAAUGCCAAUUCCUUGAUGGACAGGACCCUCCAUUUUGUAGACGAGCACUACGUGGAAUCUAAUCAUCCCGUUUUGGGUGGAUUUUCCUGGCGGGUGUGGUGGGAACUAUUUUUUAACCACUUGGAUGAUUUCACAAAGCUGGAGUGACAUUUCCUGCACAACAUGGAUUCCCACAUCUUUUUCAGGGCUGGAUCAUUGUGACGAUUGUGGUUUUUCGGACUCAAAGCAACACAAGGCAUUUUCAUCUCAGUGUGCCCAUGCUGCAUGGUCAGACAGAAGCGAGCUCGGAUUCCCACAUAAAUGCAUGUGUCCCUUGUUUUAGGAUAACAAAUUAAGUCCACAUUAUUUCUAAUAAUUUCUUCUCACAGUUGUAGUUUUGACUGACAGGAAUGCUAGUGAUGAUGAGGGUUAUGCAUUAAAAAAAAGUGAAUGUUCAGACGUCUACUGGGAGUAACCUAAAGGAUGAAAGUAUAAGAAUGAAAUUAUGUCGGGUGAAAUGGCCUUAGAUGCAUUGACAGAGGGUUUAAUUUACUUCAUUGAAUGCAAAUAUUUUGAUUACGUUUUGCACUUUUCAGAGCAAUGUCUUAUGAACAAUAACUCAACAAUAACUUACUAAUGAUAUGCUUUACUCAUACCACAUUAACUGAAACGUUCCUGCACAUACAAAACACUGGUGAUAUUUGAAGAUAGCACAAGUGCUGGAUUUUCAGAGAAAAAACUGCACAGCACUUUUCACAGCAGAAAGCUACUGCCCCCUGAUUUAAACUUGAACCUGCAGAUGGAUAUUGUCAUAGUCUCCGCUGUGUUCAUCCGUGCUGUCGUCCUAAUCUGGUUCAUGUCACAUCAGUGCUGCUUUGAGAAGAUGUGGCUAGGAGGAUGUCUUAUUUCGUAAAUGCUUUAUAAAGAGAAAAUAUAUAUUUAAAGGUGACUUUUUUUCCCAUUGACAAAGGCUAACACCUACUGUUUUCUACUGUACAUAUUGUAACUACAACAGUAGGCUAGAUUGUGAAUCAAAGAAAAUACAUUACAUGUCUGACUGAAACAUAUUUUACAACUCACGUGUCUUAAUUUUGAAACGGUUCUUUUUGUUACAUUAGACAACAAGCUGAGUUUGGUCGACAGUGUUAUUGGUUUCAAUGAAGGGAUGUUUCUUUUUAUGUUUUAUGUUUAUAAUGAGUAUCGCCAUUUAUUCACAAGGUCUGAGGUAAAUACAGAAUGGUUUUCCAAACACUUUGGAUAUGAGCAAUAAAUACUAGCCAAGUUAUUGAUGUCAUCCCUUAAUUCACACAUGAAUGCAGUCUCCAAAAUGUACACCUGCUGAGUACCAGUCAACACUUGUUUUCCCAUCACAGUUUGUUGUCAGUGAUGUAGGCCUGCAGUUUACGCAGUCCUGGAUCAAACAGUAAUCCUGAGUUCUCCCGGGGGGUUUUGCCUGAAAGUCACGAUGGAAAUUGCCUGUUGUUUUACAUCUGCAUUGUUUCUGCAUUUAUUCACUAUUCUAUCAGUUACUACAAUAUGUACGUUGUCUGACCACAGCUAUAUACCCGCUCAGUGUUGUUACAGACACAUUGAUCCAACAUGUUUUGUCUUUCUUUUUUGUCUCAAGGCUGUCCACUGUCACAAAGCUGUAGUACUUUGGUUAAGUCUAUCUGCAACACAGUACAGCAAUACAGUGAGGCUGAAACAGGUUAUCACUUCCCCUCCUUUUUGUUUGACAGUGUUUUCAGAAUAAAGUCUAUUGUCUGUGUAGAUUUCACUCAUUAUCUCUCCCAGUGUCCCUGCACUGAACACAGGCUGACAACAUUAGAAGAAGAGGAUCUCUGGCUUUAUUAUUCCCAGAGAAUUUCAGGCUAGAAAAGCUAAACAGAGAUUAUUUUGCUCUAACUCCUCAGAUUGCAGGAGCAAUGGAGGAAAGAGAGCAAAAUCAGUAGAAAACUACUGAGGAUUCAACCCAGAUUAAAUAAACAUCUAAUUUUCUACCCUGGCCAUACAGUGGUACACAAGGUGGUAAAUGGGUUGUGUAUAAAAAUAAAUAAUGACAUGUGAUAUAUUGCCAAUAGUGAAAACCAAUCUGUAAAUAUGUAUAAAAACACAUCUUAUUCUUACUGUUGGGUUGAAAUGAAAUAGAAAAAUAACACUGAAACUUGUAGUGAAUAAAUGUUGUUAAUACAUUUGAGUUGG